AUGCGGACUACAAUUAUACGUACUACGUCGUACGCGAUAAGGUCUAGGCGACCUCAUUCCUCAAUUGGACGACUCGCACAGCCGUGCUUCCGAUCAAUAUCCUCCACAACCACCCAACAUGCAACAGCUCUACCCAUCACCGCAGCAGGACCACCUCCCGCGGCGCCAGUGCCUCAACCCUCUCAAUACGGAGAACGAAUAGAUGAGCGGCGGCGGAAAGCCGAACUCCUCCAGAAAGGCAAAGAGCUACGGGGAGCGCAGGCAGGGGGGAAAUCAAGCCCACUGAAGAAAAGAUUCUGGAAAGAAGUCCACGUCAAGGAAGUCCCCGAAGGGUACCAAAUUCACCUCGACGCACGACCAGUCCGCACACCGAACAAAUCCAUCAUCACAAUCCCAAGAUCAAAACCCCAUCUCGCUCACGCAAUAGCCAUUGAAUGGGAUCUCCUCGAAUCAGCGCAACAGGCACUGAAGAACCACAACAUCCCGAUGACCUCGAUGGUGGCACGGGCGCAGGACCUCCUCGAAGCCGAAGCAAAAGGUGACACGAAAGCGCGCGACGAGAUCACCACCGUCAUGAUGCGAUACCUCGAUACAGACACGAUCCUCUGCUGGGCGCCGGAACACACAUUGCACAACGCCGCACAGGUCGAGAUGCACGUCGACCGGACCGAGUCGCUGCGCGGCAUUCAGAUCCGCAUGGCCAAGCCCAUCAUCAGCUUCCUCACCACGACUGUGUGGCCCGGCGUCGAGCUCAAGCCGAUCCUUGACGAAGCCAGCAUCAUGCCCAUAAAGCAGUCGGACAUGACUCGCAGCGUUAUCCGCGGCUGGAUCGCUGGGCUGCCCGCUUACGAGCUCGCGGCGCUGGAGCGCGCGGUGCUCGCCGGCAAGAGUCUGCUGGUCGGGGCGCGGUUGCUGAUCGAGUGGAGCGAGGAGUUCCGGCAUUUGCAGCGCGGGUCGGAGAAGCGCUUCGGCAUCGAGGAGGCCGCUGAGGCGUCGAGUCUGGAAGUCAGGUGGCAGACCGGCAUGUGGGGCGAGGUCGAAGAUACGCAUGACGUGGAGAAUGAGGACAUUAGGCGACAGCUGGGCAGUGCGAUUUUGAUGGUCAGUGGACAUAGAUAG